AAGAAAGUCCGUUUUGGGCGGAGAAUUCAAUCUGUGAGCAUCAUAGAUUUCAUCGACACCCCUCCCAUCUUUCUUCUUUACUUGUACUACUUCAUUGCUCUCACACUCUCUCGCUCAACCGCUACGCCUAAUUCUUGAAUUUUUGCCUGCCUCUCGAUAAUUUCGGACGCUUGAUAUACGACAUGGAUUCCGCCGCCAUGACAUUUUGCAGUAAACCAGUCACCUCCCCUCCGGGUUUAUUCAUUGGGAGGUCUAGUGGAAUCAAGAGCUCCCAGUGUAGCUUCUUAGUGGGAAACAAGUUGAACUUUCCUAGACAAAGAGUUCAAGCUUCUCAAAAAGCUCGUAAAUCAGGGAAACAUGAAGGAGCACUUGGUGCCACAUGUCGUGCUGAAAAGAUCCUGAUAGCAAACAGAGGGGAAAUUGCAGUGAGAGUGAUUAGAACUGCUCAUGAGAUGGGGAUUCCCUGUGUUGCAGUCUACUCCACCAUUGACAAGGAUGCACUUCAUGUGAAACUAGCAGAUGAGUCAGUUUGCAUAGGAGAAGCUCCCAGUAGUCAAUCGUACUUGUUGAUACCCAAUGUCCUAUCUGCUGCUAUCAGUCAUGGAUGUACAAUGUUGCAUCCUGGUUAUGGUUUCCUUGCUGAGAAUGCUGUUUUUGUUGAGAUGUGUAGAGGACAUGGAAUCAACUUCAUUGGCCCAAAUCCUGACAGCAUUCGUGUGAUGGGGGACAAAGCAACUGCUAGAGAUACCAUGAAGAAUGCUGGUGUUCCAUGUGUACCUGGAGGUGAAGGUCUAUUACAGAGCACAGAGGAAGGCAUCAAGCUUGCUGAUGAGAUUGGAUACCCUGUCAUGAUUAAGGCCACAGCAGGUGGUGGUGGUCGUGGAAUGCGUCUUGCAAAAGAACGUGAUGAAUUUGUAAAAUUGUUGCAGCAAGCCCAGAGUGAGGCUGCAGCUGCAUUUGGAAAUGAUGGUGUUUAUUUGGAGAAAUACAUCCAAAACCCAAGGCACAUUGAGUUCCAGGUUCUUGCAGAUAAAUAUGGUAAUGUUGUUCACUUUGGAGAGCGUGACUGCAGUAUUCAGAGGAGGAACCAGAAGUUGCUUGAAGAAGCACCGUCGCCUGCAUUAACCCCAGAGCUAAGGAAAGCGAUGGGUGAUGCAGCAGUUGCUGCAGCAGCAUCAAUUGGGUACAUUGGUGUUGGUACUGUAGAGUUUCUUUUGGAUGAAAGAGGUCAAUUUUACUUCAUGGAAAUGAACACCAGAAUCCAGGUCGAGCAUCCAGUAACCGAAAUGAUAUCUUCAGUCGACUUAAUAGAGGAGCAAAUUCGUGUUGCUAUGGGUGAAAAACUCCGUAUGACUCAGGAUGAUAUUGUGCUUAGAGGACACUCGAUUGAAUGCCGUAUCAAUGCAGAAGAUGCUUUCAAGAAUUUCAGACCAGGACCAGGGAGAAUUACAUCUUACUUGCCAUCUGGAGGUCCAUUUGUGAGAAUGGAUAGUCACGUUUAUACCGAUUAUGUUGUUCCACCAAGCUAUGAUUCUCUACUUGGAAAGCUUAUCGUAUGGGCCCCAACAAGAGAAAAGGCAAUUGAGCGCAUGAAGAGGGCUCUUAAUGAUACCAUUAUCACAGGUGUUCCAACUACAAUCGAGUACCACAAGCUAAUUCUUGAAAUCGAAGACUUCAAAAAUGGAAAAGUUGAUACUGCUUUUAUUCCAAAGCACGAGGAGGAAUUAGCCGAGCCACAGAACUUGGUUACCUCAUCUUCUGCUAAAGAAGUCGCAAAUGCUGUAGCUUAAAAGACUUAUUUCAUCACUUGGUAUUUUUCUGUAUGCAAAAAAAAUGUUAGCUUUUUUGUCUCGAAAAUAACUUUUAAGCUGUGCUUUCUCUUUGAUUUUUUUUGAGAUUGAAUGAGUUUAAUUCACAAAUUAUCAAACUCGUAUCCAAUUAGAUGACAGUUUAAUAAUAACUUUUUUGAACGUCCUCAUUUGGUUUAAA